GCAUGGAUAGAGCGAGGGGAACGCCUCCAGGAAAAGAAAUUAAAUGCACACACACACAGGCACACAGAGACAGGCGAUUUGAAAAUAUUCCAGAGAACGCGAUUUUGUGCUCCCGCAACACAUCAUUGCAUGAAAGAGGCUGUCCGAGGAGCUGGCUGGCACAGGUUUAUUUUGUUGCAAUAUUUUCUUCCACCCCCAGCUCUUAACCCAGUGGAAUGAUAUCCAGAGCAAGUUUUUUGAGACAGGAAGUGAGGAAUGUUUUCACUAUGAGUGAUCUGAGAAGAAGGUGGGUUAGCCGAGAUAGCAGCUGUUUUGUACGAGAGGAACACAGUAAGUCAGUCUCCAAGGAAUACAGAUGAGAUGGCUCGACAAGAAAAAGUUUCAGAGCGCUCUGGUUUUUCUUCAGCUACACGUAUGUGAAAGGAGACUCAGUGCCUUUGGAUCACAGCAAAAGGAUUCCAGUGGAUGCCCCCUCUACUUGUAUCCUGGUGGAAAACUUGCUUGUCUUUAAUGGAUACUGCUGCUGCUGGUUGAUUUUUGGAGACUUUACAGCUCCUUACUUUUUGAGAGGAGAUCGCUACUUUUUCUCUCUCAAGUCCGUGGUGGUGGUAGUUUUUUAUCUCUAACUAUCAGUGUGGAAAAAGAAGAUGCCUCUACCUUUUGGGUUAAAAUUGAAACGAACUCGACGUUAUACAGUAUCCAGCAAGAGUUGCUUGGUGGCUCGGAUCCAGCUGCUCAACAAUGAAUUUGUGGAGUUUACACUAUCUGUGGAGAGCACGGGCCAGGAAAGUCUCGAAGCGGUGGCUCAGAGGCUUGAAUUGCGUGAGAUUACGUAUUUCAGUCUGUGGUAUUACAACAAGCAGAACCAGCGCAGAUGGGUAGAUUUGGACAAGCCUCUGAAAAAGCAGCUGGACAAAUAUGCCUUGGAGCCCACUGUGUAUUUUGGAGUAGUGUUCUAUGUGCCUACUGUCUCUCAGCUUCAGCAGGAGAUUACCAGGUAUCAGUAUUAUUUGCAAUUAAAGAAAGAUAUCUUGGAGGGUAACAUUCCUUGCACACUAGAACAAGCAAUACAUUUGGCUGGUUUAGCUGUUCAAGCUGAUUUUGGAGACUAUGAUCAGUAUGAAUCUCAGGAAUUUCUUCAAAGAUUUGCUUUGUUUCCAGUCGGUUGGCUACAAGAAGAAAAAAUACUGGAAGAAGCGACACAAAAAGUUGCCUUGCUACAUCAGAAAUACAGAGGCCUUACUCCUCCUGAUGCAGAAAUGUUAUAUAUGCAAGAAGUAGAGAGAAUGGAUGGCUAUGGUGAAGAGACCUAUCCUGCAAAGGACAGCCAAGGAAGUGACAUAUUCAUUGGAGCAUGUCUUGAUGGUAUCUUUGUGAAACAUAAAAAUGGCCGGCCUCCUGUUGUAUUUAGGUGGCAUGACAUUGCCAACAUGUCUCACAACAAAUCCUUUUUCGCAUUAGAGCUGGCAAACAAAGAAGAGACAAUCCAAUUCCAAACUGAAGAUAUGGAAACAGCAAAAUAUGUGUGGAGGAUGUGCGUAGCUAGACACAAAUUUUACAGACUAAAUAAAUGCAGCCUAGAUUCCCUGGACUCUCCACCUGAGGAGGGCUCUCAGAAAUCUUCCCUCAUUCUUUCCCUUCCACGCUUUCCAAUCCUUUCUCGUCCUUCACUUCCCAAAGGGCAAACCCAGCCCGUUACGGUGAAUCCUGUUAGAAGGCGGUCUUCUUCCAGGAUGUCCAUGCCCAAGCCUCAAGCUUACAUGAUGCCUCCACCACCUCAGCUGCAUUACAACGGUCAUUAUACUGAACCAUAUGCAUCCUCCCAAGAUAACCUCUUUGUGAGCAAUCAGAAUGGAUACUACUGUCACUCUCAGACUAGCUUGGAUAGAGCCCCUCAUGACUACAGUGGUCGAAUCCGCAAUGGUAGUGUCUAUAGUGCACAUAGCACAAACUCCCUGAAUAAUCCACAGCAUUACUUGCAGCCAUCCCCUAUGUCCUCUAACCCAAGCAUUACUGGAAGCGAUGUCCUCAGGACUGAUUAUGUCCCAUCGCAUAGACACAGCGCGCUAAUACCACCUUCUUAUCGGCCCACACCAGACUAUGAAACUGUGAUGAGACAGCUCAAAAGGGGAAUGGUACACACAGAUAGGCAGAGUCAUUCAAUGAGAAAUCUCAACAUCAGCAAUACGUAUGCCUACAGCCGGCCUGAUGCCUUGGUUUACAGUCAGCCUGAAAUAAGAGAACAUGCACACUUCGCUUCCCCACAGUCUAACCAUUACCCCUUUAACCUGAACUACAGUUUCCAUAGCCAGUCCCCCUAUCCCUAUCCUGCUGAAAAGCGCCCGGUUGUUGGGGCAGUCAGUGUGCCUGAGUUGACAAAUGUGCAGCUCCAGGCUCAGGAUUAUCCAGCACCAAAUAUAAUGAAGACCCAAGUCUAUCGACCUCCUCCCCCAUACCCGUACCCAAGACCUGCAAAUAGUACUCCAGACCUUUCCCGACAUAUCUACAUUAGCAGCAGCAACCCGGAUCUUAUCACGAGGCGAGUGCAUCAUUCUGUCCAGACAUUUCAGGAAGACAGCCUGCCUGUGGCACAUUCUCUACAGGAAGUCAGUGAACCUCUGACAUCGGCACGCCACGCUCAGCUGCAGAAAAGGAACAGUAUUGAAAUAGCAGGCUUGACUCCCAGCUUUGAAGGAAUAAGAAUAAAAGAGAGGACCAUGUCAGCAUCUGCAGCGGAUGUGGCUCUUCCAAGAGUUAUCUCAGAAGGGUCACAGCCCAACAUUCUGAUGGAGAGAACAAAGCAAAAAGAAAAUGAGCAAGAUGAAGGUGUGAGCUGUGAUCAUAAGAAAACUCUUUCAGAUGCCACUAUGCUGAUUCACAGUAGUGAAGAAGAAGAAGAAUUUGAAGAAGAAAACAAAGCUAGUACUAGUCUCUCUCCUCUCCCUGAAGAUCAAACCCAACUUUCGUCCAUAAUGGGUGUUGGUUAUUCUCAUGAUCCUGCACUCAACUACCCCUAUAGUUCUGUUGCUUCCUCUGCUGGCCCUUUGCAUAUUCUUGAGCCUAAAUUACAUAUUACAGAGACAGAAAAGAGAAUAAAAGAUAUGAGCCCGGUUCAUUUAUUAGUAGAAAGCCAGGUACAGAGAAGAGGGGAAGGACUGCUUAUGCCAUCUAUGUCAGAAUCUGACCUUACAACGUCAGGAAGAUACAGAGUAAGAAAAGAUUCGAUAAAGAAGAGACCUGUUUCUGAUCUUUUGUCUGGGAAGAAGAAUAUUGUGGAAGGCCUUCCCCCGCUAGGUGGUAUGAAAAAGAAUAAAACUGAUGCAAAAAAAAUAGGGCCUCUAAAGCUAGCUGCCCUGAAUGGACUAACUUUGACUAGAAUGCCUCUGCCAGAUGAGGGGAAGGAGGAAUCAACAAGGGCAACAAAUGAUGAACGGUGUAAAGUUCUGGAACAACGGUUAGAGCAGGGGAUGGUGUUUACUGAAUAUGAGCGCAUUCAGAAGAAAAGACUUAGAGAUGGUGAGUGCUCAAUAGCUCGGCUUCCUGAAAAUGCUGAGAGAAACCGCUUCCAGGACGUCCUUCCUUAUGAUGAUACCAGAGUAGAACUAGUCCCAACCAAAGAAAAUAACACGGGUUACAUCAAUGCAUCUCAUAUCAAGAUCUCGGUUGGUGGCAUGGAGUGGGAUUACAUUGCUACACAGGGCCCUUUGCAGAAUACAUGUCAGGAUUUCUGGCAGAUGAUCUGGGAACAAGGAAUUGCCAUCAUAGCUAUGGUGACAGCAGAGGAAGAAAGUGGGAGAGAAAAGAGCUUCAGAUAUUGGCCACGUCUUGGCUCAAGGCACAACACUGUAACAUAUGGAAGAUUUAAGAUUACCACACGAUUCCGUACUGACUCAGGCUGCUAUGCAACUACGGGUUUGAAGAUUAAACAUCUUCUCACGGGACAGGAGAGAACAGUUUGGCAUUUGCAGUACACUGACUGGCCAGAGCAUGGCUGUCCAGAGGAUUUAAAGGGAUUUCUUUCAUACUUGGAAGAGAUCCAGUCAGUGCGGCGCCAUACAAACAGUACUGCAGAUCCUAAAAACUCUAAUCCUCCUGUGCUGGUGCAUUGCAGUGCAGGUGUAGGACGAACAGGAGUGGUCAUACUGUCAGAGAUCAUGAUUGCCUGCUUGGAACACAAUGAGAUGCUGGACAUCCCACGAGUGCUGGACAUGUUGAGGCAGCAGAGAAUGAUGAUGGUGCAGACUCUUUCUCAGUACACUUUUGUCUAUGGAGUUCUCAUUCAAUUUCUCAAAAGCUCAAGACUUAUAUAAUCCCUCCCACUUCCUAAGGGACACUGCAAGAGUUUACAGAAAGAAAAUUACAGUUGUCCAGGCAGACCUGCUCUCGCUGUUUUUUUCUUUGUAUGAUGAAUCACACAGUUACCUUUUAGGGCUGGUAUGUGACUGGUAAAUGCAAGUCAAUGUAACAGUCCUUGCAAAGCAGGAUCUUCGCUGGACUAAAUUCUUCCCAUGUUCAGCUGCAGCCAUAUUAGGGAAUGAUUUUACUUGUACUGGUCUGGAGUACUUGGGAACGUUUUUUAGAGUGGUGUUACUUUGGGCAAAAUAAAUAUCUUAUGGAAUGGAAGUACACGGCACAAUUGUACUAACUUUUUUUUUUAGUGUAAUUAACUGUGCAAAAGCUAAAAUAUGUGGAUGCACAUGGGGAGAGAAAAACGCUCCUUGGGAAUGUCAAGGUCUUACACAGUGUCAUUCUGCUUUCAAUUUUAUAUUUAGAGCAGUACACCUGUAUUUUUUAAAAUGAACUUUUGGUUUCCUCUGGUUUACUUUGCAGAAUUAGCAGUUCUUACGUACUUUAAGUGGUUGCUUCAAGGGCAGUUAUUUUUGUAAUUUUUUUUAAACAGCUUUUUAAACACCGUAAUAUUUUCUGAGGAAAUGAUUGACAAUGCUUGAACUGAAAAAUUGUGCAGAAAGUACUAGGGUAAUAGGUAGUUGUAGAGUGCUGUGUAACAGAACUUACAGGUGAACGAUCAAGUUAACUGUUGAUAAUUUCCAUUUGAGUAGAAGCAAGUUUACCUAUGGAGUUGUAGGCAACAAGCAGGGGAAAAAUACUAUAAUUAUCUACAAAUGUCUUGGAAGGAAAUGGAUGAGAGAAAGUACAUAUUCAGUAUUAUUCUUGUAUUUAGAGGGCAGUUUGAUUUUACUGGCUGAAAUCAAAGUGGAUGCAAAUGUUUUAAGCACUUUUUUUGCUCUGUUAUUUAUGUAGUUAAACAUAGAAGCUAUAAUCAUAUAUUGUUUCAUAUGCUAAUAUGCCGUUACUAACCUGUUAUUUUAGGAAGAGCCUUUAAAGUUGAUGAAGUGAGAGAACCAAAAUUGGAGUAAGAAGGUGCAUAGUGGCGAAGCGGGAAUGAUCGUGUAGCACAUAAUGGAGGAGGUGUGGCAGCUAUGAUGGCUGGUUUACACAGUGCAAAGAUGACCAUUAAAAAUGUUUAUGUUCCCAGUCAGGAGAGCCUUUAAAACACUGGAAGUUUCUGUAGAAUCUUUCAUAUUAUUUUGUUAGCGCUAGAACAGGUUUUGCUAGUGGUGUGCAGCGUUGCGAUGAAGAAUGUUCACAGGAGCCAUUUGAGAAUGCCUGCAGCAUGUAAGAACUCUUUGAGGUAACACUGGAGAUGUGGGUAUUUUGGUAACUGUACAGCUGGCAGUCAGUGGUUGUGGCAUGGAUCUGAAGAUGUCCUGCCUCCUCUAGUUGUGUUGUCCCUGACUAGCGUGGGUCUGGUCUAAUGAUGGUAUCCCUGAAUACUCUUUUGUCUGUAUUUUUAAAAUGGGGACUGUGGUUUUACCUGCCUUUUCAAGGGUUUUGAGAUGCUGAGUUGAAAAUCCCUAUAAAAAAGUGAGCUAUUUGUUCUUAGAUAUCUGGUACAAUUCCAAAAAAAACUUAGAGCAGACCAGUCUGCAGGUGUGUUUAAAUAUCCAUUUCUCAUGAUACCUGCUUAACGAAAUGAAAUGAGACUGAAAGUGAAUUUUUUUUACCGGUGAUGUUAUUUUUCUCUGACCUGCCUCAAGGGCUUGGAAACUAUUAUGACUAAUUACCCCACCACACCUCCCUCUUCAAAACAAUGAUUGUCCUCUCAAAGCAUUAAUUAAAAUAGUUAUAAAUAGGUUGCCUCAAUUCCUUUGUAAUAAGCUACUUGUAUAAAGAUAAACACAAGGUCCAAAUGACUGUGCUAAUAUGUUGCUUUAUAGAAAUGUACUGGUUUAAAAUACACCAUAACAUUCAGCUAGUGCAUUUGGUCAUCUUUCAGACAGUCCAAAUUGUUCUACUCUCAGUAGCAGUAAGAUUGAACAUUUUAGAUGGGGGAAAAUGUUCUUUCUGUAACUACAAAGCGCCUAGCAAGUAUUAACCACCAGAUGUACAACUGGAAGGAAUAAUGCCUUAUUCUAGAGGACACCAGCUACUGAAGACUGAUUCUUAUAUAUUGUCUUGCAAGCAAACCAAUUAGAUGCAUCUGUGUUAAGAGAGAAGUAUCAGUGAAA